UUCGUUUCUUAUUCCGAAAGUCCUUUCGAGAACUCCGAGCGGAAAUUAGAUCUCCAACACGAACUCGGAACUGUAAGGAAAGACACGCCGGUACCCAACUAACUGAUUCCAGCCAUGUACCGUCUACCAAGAAUUCUACGACCUGUUUUGGCCCGUCAGGUGAUUCCUUCCCUGACAAGGUCGUAUGCCAAAGAUCUCAAAUUCGGAGCUGAUGCCCGAGCUCUCAUGUUGCAAGGUGUGGACACACUCGUCGAUGCUGUUGCUGUUACUAUGGGACCAAAGGGAAGAAAUGUCAUAAUUGAACAAAGUUGGGGAAGCCCUAAGAUAACAAAGGAUGGUGUAACAGUUGCCAAAGCAAUCGACUUGGGUGACAAGUAUCAGAAUAUUGGUGCCAAACUGGUGCAGGAUGUCGCCAACAACACCAACGAGGAGGCUGGUGAUGGCACAACGACUGCUUCCGUACUUGCCAGGGCCAUCGCUAAGGAGGGCUUCGACAAAAUCAGCAAGGGAGCUAACCCUGUAGAAAUUAGAAGAGGUGUCAUGGCUGCUGUUGAAGCUAUUGUCAAUCAGCUGAAGUCCAUGUCUAAACCUGUCACUACUCCAGAGGAGAUUGCUCAGGUAGCCACAAUUUCUGCAAAUGGCGACAGCACUAUUGGCAACCUCAUAUCAACGGCCAUGAAGAAAGUGGGCAGAGAUGGCGUCAUCACAGUGAAGGAUGGGAAAACUAUGAAUGAUGAGCUAGAAGUCAUUGAAGGAAUGAAAUUUGACAGAGGAUACAUUUCACCUUACUUCAUCAACUCCAGCAAAGGUGCCAAAUGUGAGUACCAAGACUGUAUGGUGUUGUUCAGCGAGAAGAAAAUCUCAUCCAUCCAAGGCAUCAUCCCAGCCCUAGAACUGGCCAACCAGGCCCGAAAACCCCUGCUUAUCAUUGCUGAAGACAUUGACGGGGAGGCCCUCAGCACCCUCGUUCUUAACAGGCUUAAGGUUGGUCUACAAGUGUGUGCCGUCAAAGCUCCCGGGUUUGGUGACAACAGGAAGAACACACUGAAGGACAUGGCCAUCUUAACUGGAGGAGCCAUAUUUGGUGAUGAUGGAGAUAUGUUCAAACUUGAGGAUAUCCAGAUGCAGGACUUUGGUCAAAUUGGUGAGGUGACCAUUACCAAGGACGACACCCUUAUGAUAAGGGGUAAGGGUUCCAAAGAAGACGUGGAGAAACGAACAGAGCAGAUCAGAGAGGAAAUUGACCUCAGCACUUCAGAAUAUGAAAAAGAAAAACUUUGUGAACGAGUGGCUAAAUUGUCGAAUGGAGUGGCUGUACUCAAAAUUGGAGGCACCAGUGAAGUGGAGGUUAACGAGAAGAAGGAUCGUGUGAAUGACGCUCUGAAUGCUACUAAAGCCGCUGUUGAGGAAGGCAUCGUGCCUGGAGGUGGCACUGCCCUCAUCCGUGCUCUGGUCGCUCUUGAUAAUGUCAAAGGUGAAAAUGACGACCAGAACGCAGGUAUUGAGAUAGUUAAGAAAGCAUUGAGAUUGCCAGCUAUAACAAUUGUAAAGAACACCGGGGUAGAUCCCUAUGGUAUCGUAGAGAAAAUCGCUAAUGGAGAGGGUGACUUUGGAUACGACGCCUUGAAAGGAGCAUUUGUUAACCUGAUAGAGAAAGGAAUCAUUGAUCCAACAAAGGUUGUGCGGACUGCUUUAGUGGAUGCUGCAGGAGUUGCCUCUCUUCUCAGUACGGCAGAGUGUGUGGUAACGGAGAUUCCAAAACCUGAUCCCCCAGCACCAAUGGGCGGUGGUGGUGGUAUGGGCGGCAUGGGAGGCAUGGGUGGUAUGGGAGGCAUGGGAUUCUAGGUGUACCAGCCACCAAAACACUUGUGUACAUGGGACUUCUUACUGCCAGACAGGCUGUGGUAGUUGUGACUACCAGACUGUCGAGGUGGGAACCAAAUGUGAUUCCUUUGGGAGCUAAAUGGCUCUGGACUUUGUCAUAUCUGGCCAAUGUGAAAGACAUAUUGAUCAGUGGACGCCACUGAUGGUUUUACUUUAAUUGGACUCGUUAAACUAAACAAGAAAUCGUUCACAUCAUUUUGUCUGAAGACAACUUUCAAUUCUUGUACUAUUUCAGGAAUUUUGGUCAGUGGUUUUCCAGUUUCCUUACAUUGAAACGCAUUUCCAAGAUUCAACUUGCCAAUCUUCAUCCUUAGUGAACAAAACUUCAGGAAUGAUAAAUAAUGAAAUCUGCUUCAUGAAUUAAUUUCAAUAUAUUUGAAGAACUAUUUUUAUCCUCCGAAGUAAAUCCAUCUUUUCAUUAUCCACAAUAGCGAUCAUGCACUGUUCAUGAUUCCAAUCAUUUGUACUGUCCACUAGGGUUGAAUGGAUCCAAGGCAGUCCUUCAUUCAAAAAUCAUGGGACCCCAUCUUUCUUACAAACCAUGUAUAAAUAAAGUUAAUUUAAAUUUGUCCUUCAGUACCUUGUAUAAGGGUACAAAGGUUUGACCAUUACAGAACUUACAAACUACAUGUUAUCAUGUUAACAUUGAUUAAAUCAUAAUGAUGUUUAGGAAAUAUGCAUGUUCAUUUUUACAAGAUUUUUCAUGUUUCAUAUCAUUUCUGACUGCAAGUGUAUUGCAGUAUGUACACUAGGUCAUAUGAAUUUGGAACAAAAUGAGGAAUUAUACGGGCUGAAAUUCACCUGCUUAACGUUUAGUUUUAUGAAUAGUAGUCGGUUUGUGAACAAAUUGUAAAAGAAUUGAAGCAUUUAUUACGUACGGAUGCGGUACAACAAGAGUACCGGUAUGUGAUGCCUACAAUAGUCUCUGGCCUACUGAGUUGGGAGGGUUUUAUUUUGUCAGUGGGAAUUGCUGGUAUGGCGAUUCAUCAUAUCAAGAACUGGCUGACUGAAGUGGAUUGAUAAAUAUGUAGUUUUGCAUUCAGUAAGACAGAUCAGGUAUGCCCAUUUGAUUGACAACCAAUUUGACAGAAAUGUUAAGCUUAUUCACAAAGAGUGUGUUUUGUGAUUAAAAGAACUGUUAGUGAUGAAAACUGAACAACCAUAUCAUAUUAAGAUAAAAUAAUGGAAGGGUAUUGUUUGUUACUCAUACAGACACCUUAUGCCUCAGUCAGCAACAUGAGAGAAAUUGUAAUUUGCAUAUGGGCAUCAAAGGCAUGGGCCAGAGACUUCAGAGGCGAUGACACUUAUAUAUGGAUACCAUGUGGCCAGCGAACUGAGAGGCAUUGUGAUUUAUUUGUAACCAGGUUUUGAUUCGAUAUAUUAAUUAGUUAUUAGGAGCUUGAUUACACAUCCAAAGACGUAAGAAUUACUUUCAUUAUGUGGAGAAUUACAGAAUGAUGUGUACUUGGUAUAUUAUGUGUUAGUAGAUUAAAUGUAGGAGAUACUGUAGGUGUCCUACGUGUGAAAGUCUGGUGUGAUUUUAUAAGAAAGUAAUAAAAAUGGAAAAACUCAA